UCGUCACUCAACUCAACAGAGCUUCAUACUUCAUACCUCAUUACUUCAUACUUCAAUUCGACUUCUGUAAAAUGUCUACAAAUAAAAGGCGGAAGCUCAAUACAGCAGAGCCUCAAGAGGCUGUGAGCGCCUUCGCUCUUCGUAAAAAGCUUCUCAGUCAGCAGACUACGCUCACUCCAGACGAGACAGUGAGGGACGAAGAAGUAGAAUCAAUUCCAUCACCAAAAGUCGCACGGAAUAAAAAACUCAAAAGUUCAAAGAAAUUGGGAGAGAACUCAAGUGUUCAGACAGCAACAGGUCACGAGAAAGCUUCUAGUACUGAUCUGAAGGAUCCACUGCCGGACAAUCUGUCGAUAAAAAACACUACUGUGGCUGAUUUUCCAGGCGCUCUGGAAAGAAGCCCCUCGCCUUCUACCACUGAUGAUGGAGAUGAGGUCUCAAACAAGCUAGCCAAGGUCCUGCCUGUCCAGCUCUCCAGCUUCAAGCCAUCUAAAAACAACUACCAAAUACGAAAGGAUGGUAAGAUAGUGAUGAAGCUAUCAGACGGAGAGCGUCUAGUAAUUCUCGGUAGCUAUGGCAUACGUGUGACAUCUGGCGAGAUGACCAUUAACGGUGCCACCCUAAGGAGCGCGGACAAGGUAUAUUGGGUAGAUGCACCAUAUUGUCAUGCACUGCCUGUUGUUAGGUGCUCAGAAAGUGCGACCACAGAGUUGCUUCCUCAUCCGAAUGCUACAGCCCUCAGGAGUCUCGGGAAGCUCUCUCCUUACUUCAGAAAACUUUGGAAUGAGUCUGACCCAUCGUCUCUGGCUAAGAAAACCACUAUAUCCGAAUCCUCGUUUCAAAUACUAUACACAUCGGCAGACGGUCCAAAGAAGACGUUACUACAAGAUCUUGUUUCCCCGCCAGAGUGGAACAGGGAGAUCGCCAAAUUAGUUAACACAUCUAACUCGAGACCAUGCUCGAUCAUGAUCACAGGACCCAAGUCUUCCGGAAAAUCUACUUUCGGGAAAAUUUUAGCGAACCGACUUAUUACUGAUACAUUAAGACGUUCUAAACACCAAGCUCAUCGUGGGGUGGCUGUGCUUGACCUUGACCCAGGACAGCCUGAGUAUUGUGUUGCUGGCCAAGUCGCUCUAGUGCUCCUAGCCGAGCCUGUCCUUGGCCCCUCAUUCUGUCGUCCGUUACCUGGCUCGGAAACCCGAAUAAUUCGGUCCCAUGCUUUAGCCUCCAUAACUCCCGCGUCAGAUCCUGAGCUAUAUCUGGAAGCAGCUAUAGACCUUGUAACGCAUUAUCGGAAUGUCCUAGGGCGAUAUCCCCUUGUUAUCAACACCCCGGGAUGGAUACAGGGCACAGGACUAGACUUAUUAACUUCUCUAAUCACCAAUCUACGGCCCAGCGAAGUAAUAUAUAUGUCCGAAUAUGGCCCUGGCGAAGUGGUAGAAGCACUACAGGAAUCCUGCAAGGUCUCUGGCUUUUCAACAUUACCAUCCCAUGCCUCCCAGCUUACUUCAAGGACAGCGGCGCAUUUCCGUUCCAUGCAAACCAUGGCAUACUUCCAUACUGAACCUGGAAAUGCGGGUAUUGCUGACCAUAUUCUAUGGAAUCCAAAGCCGCUAACAACCCUUGCGCCUUGGCAAGUCAACUAUAAAAGUUUAAACCGUGGUAUAUUCGGGAUAAUAUGCUAUGAUUAUCAAGCACCUUUGGAUUUACUGGCUGACGCAAUUAAUGGCACUAUUCUAGCAGUUGUCGGUGUCGAGAAUGUAAAGGCAUUCAGACAUACUGCAGAACACGCGAGUUUAUCUGACGACACAACUGCUGAUAUGAUGGAAAUUGAUGGCAACGGUGCGCAGCAGAAGCCGAUGUCGUCAUUCUCAGACCUAUUGAAGAAAAUCAUCAUGACAACGCCAGAGGGCAUUCCCUUUAUCGACACUGCGGAUGGAACUACCCUCGAUCCGAGAUUUUCGCAUUCCCUUGGCCUAGCGCUUGUUCGUGGUAUCGACGUUGAAAAUGGCAUACUUCAACUCCUAACACCAGUAUCAUCGGAGAGUAUAGAAGAGGUUACGUCCAAGGGAGGUGAAAUCGUUCUGGUGAGCGGUAAAUUCGAUACGCCGAGUUGGGCUUAUACCGAAGAAUUAUAUUAUAAAGCUCAUAGAAAGGUGGACGAUGCUACCGGUAUGGAUGGGCCAAUGCAUACUGCUGAGGAUGACGCGGAUGACACCUCCGAUGCCGAAAACGGUGAUUUCGGAGUUACUGAUACAACCCCCGUUCCAUGGAUAGAGAUGCUGCAUGGAAGCCAAAAACGUGGCGCUGGAUCGAAAGUGUGGAGGGUAAGGCGAGACCUGGGUCGCGGCAACGCUACCCACUAAAUACCAUGUAAGACAGCAAGAUCUAUCGUUCGAUUCGCUCGAUUCUCUAGGUUUCCACCGCUUCUGCAGCUACUAGGGUCAAUGCAGGAACGGGAUGACGGCUGCAGGGACUUAACAUUAACUGGGAUAUAAGGUCGAUUCAUUUGGUCCCAAUGCUACGGUACUUCAGCGUGGUACAUACACUAUGCUGCACGACGCUCAUUUGUUACCGAUCAAAUGCCCCGGCUUUACACACCUUGCAUGGCAUGCACGGGGGUGGGCGUAGCAAAUGUACUUGCAAAGUCGAAUUCCCCAAUCCUCUUUUGCAUGAACCAAUUGUAACUUUUGAAAUUCGGAUACGGUAUAUA